AUCAAAACACAAUUUAUUCAGAUUAAUAAUAAUAAUAAUAAAAUCCCAAGAGGGAAACUUGAAUUGCAGUCUGAGGUUCAGAUAAGAAACAGGUAAAAAACAAUACAAUAAAACACACAACCAUUUAAAUGCUGUAAAUGAGCAGCUGGUAAAACAAUACUCAAAGAAAACACUCAAAUAAAAUAUCAGAAUUUAAUGUGCGGAUUAGAAAGGAACGUCCUGAGCACAUUCAUGCUCCUCAGAGGAUGAACCUCGUGACCUUUCAUCUGUAACGACAACAUCAAGACAAACUCCACGUUUUUAGUAUCACUACUGAAAAAGCUACAAGAAUAAUAAAAGUUGUUAGUAUGUUUUUUAAUGCAACUAACCACAACUAGCAUCAAUUUUCAUUAUAACCAAUAAAUAAAAUGUCAAAAAUGAUUAAGGUGUCGUAUUAAACUUUGUCUCUCCAACAGACAAAAAACACAGUAUUUAAAUUAAAGAUGUCAAACUGUUCAACGUGUGAAGAAUGUAACGAAUAAACAAAACUGAAAUUGAUAUUUUCUGUCAACAAACAGUUAAUAAAUCGAUUAAUACAAUUUUGUUUCUCAUUAUUAAUGCUUUAUUUAUUUUGCCUCUUGCUUUGUUUUUGUUAUAUUUUGUCAUUUUUGUCCUUUGUUGACAGGAAACCGACACCCACACAAAUAGUCUCAACUCAUAGCUGACCCUGGCAGACCUCUUACGUGGGACUGAAUUGUUAUUUCACAGAUUGUAAUUGAUUAAUGCAAAGCAGCAGCAGCAGCAGCAGCAGCAGCAGCAGCAGCAGCAGCAGCAGCAGUCCCGUCUAUGUAGGCCUGCAUCCAGACUGGGACCAGGAUCCUCAAACAAAGCAUCCAUUCACAGGAAGGGUGGGGGUGGGGGGGUUAGGGGGUCUAUACAGUUUGGUAAGCCUAAAUAAAUUAAUAACAGAGUAAAGUCUGAAAAAAAAUAAUUGUCAGUGUGUGAAAUAUCCUCAGUGUUUUGGUGGAAGACUGAGACAGGCCGAUAAAAGGAAGAGCAGAUAUCUGCUGGGGAUCAGAGGGAAGUGAAUUAUAACUGAACUGAAUCUGGACACAUAAAUCCAGCACAGAGAGAGAGAGAGAGAGAGAGAGGGGGAGAGGGAGGGGGAGAGAGAGAGAGAGAGAGAGAGAGACAACAAAAGCCCUGGAUGCCAUGAGGAGAGAGAUGCUGCAUUCAGGUGCUCCCCGUAAACUCCUACUUCCGAAUUCAGAGGGACGUACAGACCCAGACACACAGUAAAUCUUGACACGUCCCUCAAGACAUUAGUCGAUUAAGUGAUUAGAUGAUCAAACAGAAAACUAAUCUGUAAUUAUUUUAAUUUUUGAUCAUUUGGAUUAAUUUUCAAGCAAAAAAUCUAAACACUGUCUGGCUGCAAGUACUUUACUUGAGUAUUUCUAUUUAUUUAUUUACUUCUAAAUAUUGUACUUUUCACUCCACUACAUUUAUCUGGCAGAUAUAGUUACUAGUUACUUUUCAGAUUAAAACUUCAUACAUAAUCAUUGUAUAAAGUAUAAUGUACGCUUAAAGACUAAAGGUAUUUUCACCACAGACUGAUUUCCUCUUCAAACUUCAGAUUUUCAUUCAAAUAACUGUUUCAAUACAAAUUUGUGAACUUUUUUUCCCUUUCCGCUCACAUUAAUCAUUUCAUGACUCCUCAGAUUAAUCUGGUGACUUUAGGGUUGGGUGUUCCUAAUAAACUGACAACUGAGUGUAUGUCACAAUGAUGAUACUAUCCUGUUAAUCUCAGAAUUUAAAAAAAUGUCUGGUUUAAAUUAUUUAAGGCUGGAGGGUUGUGUGGGGGUGCACUCAGAUUUCAGUGCCUUCGUUGAAUGGCUUAGUUAAUUCAGAGACGUGGACAAAGUGACCCCUGAAUGUGUUCCCAUUUCCCGGCUGGUUUGGGUCACCGGUUGCGUGAACGCGCAGAUUUCCGACAGCCCCUGAACGAGGCAAGGAGUCCUCCCAGUCGGAUCCGGCUGAACGUGACGCGCCGACUCGGAGCCGAGCGAGGUUUCCUUGCGGAGCUGCGGAGGGAGCAGGAGCCGAGCGGGUCCGUCUGUCUGUCCGUGUGUGUGUCUGUCUGCCGCCGCAGUCUCUCGUCUGUCUGAGACACAAAAAAAAAAACCCUCCUCUUUUCGGCUUCCACGGUCUUCGGCGGCUAUGGAUCCAUCGCUGUCCUCCUCCUGUUUUCGCCGCUGAGGGACGUUACUCCGUCGGAUGCUCCAGUGCCCAUAGAAGAGGAGGGGGAGGAGGAGGAGGGGGCAUCCCUGUCAUUCUUCGACUGCCAGGCUGAGUCACCACCGCAGCGCCUGAACACAGCAGAAGAAGAAGAAGAAGAAGAAGUCUGAGACAACGAGGGAGCGAGGAAAACUGUGAGGCAAGAGAGUGAGAAGGAAGGAAGGAAGGAAGGAAGGAAGGAGGGAGAGAAAGAGAAAGAAGGGAGUAAAACACUAAAAAGAGGUGAGAAAGACAGAAGACAGCCAGAGGAAGUGAGGUCGGGUCGGCGGGUGAGAGGAGGAAAGAGAAAGUGAUCGAGGCAAAGAGAGAGAGAGCGAGAGAGAGAGACACUGUAGAUUCAUACAACCCAGCAGGGAGCACACGGACGGAUCUGAGGUCAGGUGAGAGCGGGCGCAGGAUAGGUCGGAGGUCAAGCGGUCAGACGGACAGCUGACUGAGCUUCACCCGAGCCCUCCGUCCCGCUGCCCCUCCCAACAACAGCUGUCCCCUUCACGGUCACCACACUGGGAGAACUGGGAGGACUGGUGACGAGGAGAAGCCACCAUGAGCGACCAGAACGUCGUCAAGGAAGGCUGGGUCCAGAAAAGAGGUGAGUACAUCAAGAACUGGCGACCGCGCUACUUCCUGCUGAAGACAGACGGCUCCUUCAUCGGCUACAAGGACAAACCGCAGGACUCUGACCUGGCCUACCCGCUCAACAACUUCUCUGUAGCAAAAUGUCAGCUGAUGAAGACGGAGCGGCCCAAGCCGAACACCUUCAUCAUCCGCUGCCUGCAGUGGACCACCGUCAUCGAGAGGACUUUUCAUGUCGACACGCCCGACGAGAGGGACGAGUGGGCGGAGGCCAUCCAGAUGGUCGCCGAGUCUCUGGCCAAGCAGGAGGAGGAGGGCAUCCUGUGCAGCCCCACCUCCCAGAUCGAGAACGUCAACGAGGAGGAGAUGGACACCUCCAUCAGCCACUACAAACGAAAGACAAUGAAUGACUUUGACUAUCUGAAGCUUCUGGGCAAAGGCACUUUUGGGAAAGUCAUUCUGGUGAGGGAGAAGGCGAGCGGCACCUACUACGCCAUGAAGAUCUUGAAGAAGGAAGUCAUUAUAGCCAAGGAUGAAGUUGCUCACACACUCACAGAAAGUAGGGUAUUAAAAAACACUCGGCAUCCAUUCCUAACUUCUCUGAAGUACUCGUUCCAGACUAAGGACCGGCUGUGCUUUGUAAUGGAGUACGUCAACGGAGGAGAGCUGUUUUUCCACUUGUCAAGAGAAAGAGUUUUUUCAGAGGACCGCACCCGUUUCUACGGUGCAGAGAUCGUCUCUGCUCUCGACUACCUACAUUCUGCCAAGAUCGUCUACCGUGACCUGAAGCUGGAGAACCUCAUGUUGGACAAAGACGGCCACAUCAAGAUCACCGACUUCGGCCUCUGCAAAGAAGGCAUCACCGACACUGCCACGAUGAAGACGUUCUGUGGAACACCAGAGUACCUGGCUCCUGAGGUGUUGGAGGACAACGACUACGGGCGGGCGGUGGACUGGUGGGGUUUGGGCGUGGUGACGUACGAGAUGAUGUGCGGCCGCCUGCCGUUCUACAACCAGGACCACGAGAAGCUGUUUGAGCUCAUCCUCAUGGAGGAGAUCAAGUUCCCGCGAACCCUGUCGGCCGACGCCAAGUCGCUGCUGUCGGGACUCCUCAUCAAGGACCCCAACAAACGACUGGGCGGCGGACCGGAUGACGCUAAGGAGAUCAUGCGACACAGUUUCUUUGGCACAAUCGACUGGCAGGACGUCUACGACAAGAAGCUGGUCCCGCCCUUCCAGCCCCAGGUCACCUCGGAGACGGACACACGCUACUUCGACGAGGAGUUCACAGCACAGACCAUCACCAUCACUCCGCCGGAAAAAUACGAUGAGGACGGGAUGGACGCGGCGGACAACGAGCGAAGGCCUCAUUUCCCACAGUUCUCCUACUCAGCCAGCGGGCGGGAGUGAGCGCUCCGGCCCGGCAGCCAGUAUCGUCCCCAUUCGUGGCCAUUUUGAGGAAAAC